AUGAGGAUUUCCGUGGCUGUCUUGGUCGCUUCGGCUCUCCUGUGGCCCUGCUGCAGCCUGGACUGGCCCAUACACACAGCGUGCAAGGAGGAUGGUUUGGAAGUUCUGUACCAGAGCUGUGAUCCUUUUCAAGAUUUUGGCCUUUCUAUCGACCACUGUUCGAAACAACUAGGAUCCUAUCUAAAUGUGAGAUUUGCAAUUAUUUUAAGACGUGACAUCCAGGAACUGUUCAUUGACAUUAAUUUCUUCUCCCAGGGAGCAUCCAUCUUAUCUUAUUCACUCCCAGUGUGUGAACUGGAUUUCCCACAGUUUACUUUCUGUGGAAGAAGAAAAGGAGAACAGAUCUACUUCAGUGGGCCUAUAAACGUUCCUUCCAUACCAGUUAUUCAGGGAGAAUACCACAUUUCAGUGACACUCUUCAAUGGACAGCAGGGCACCAUUGCUUGUGCCAACUUCACUGUGAUCAGCCUGUGACUUGUUUUCCUGCAAUUCUACUGCACCCAAGUUCUGUGUCAUGAGAACUGCAAAGUCUGGGGCAAGAAAAAAAAAACAUUAUCCCGGACAGAGAAGGAUCAAGAGAACAAUUUUCCCUGGAGAGUUCAGGGGCUGAGAAACUCCAAGAGCUGAGGUAGACUGUAAGCUCGUUGAGGGACAGAGCACUCUGUUUGGAAUGUACUUUCUCAAGUGCUUAGUACAAUGCUCUGCAUACAGUAAGCGCUCAAUAAAUAGCAUUGAUUGAUAAUUUUAGACCCCCUGAUGUAAUGAAAUUAUCUAUUUUUAAUGUGUCUAUCAUUGCUAGCCAAGCAUUCACUGGAAUUCAUUUUCUGUUCCUUAACUGAUCAUCAUAGGCAAUAUUUUUAUCCUAUCCAACCCACUAGGGGUCAUUUCCCAAGUCCUAAAUGUUCAGUCACAGUAAGCACCACA